AUGGGUGUCCGACCUUGUUUACCAUCUUCUGUUAUCGGCCCGGAUACCGCCUGCGAUAUCCGAAUCUCGGUGACAGGCAACGAAUGCGACAAAUACCCAGCCAAGUCGCACGCGCGCAAGACGGCGCUGAAACUCGGUGCCUCCUCCGGCCUGAUCUACCUCGCCGGCCAACCCACCAUCAACUGGGGCGACUCGGACCAACCGCGAACCUUCCGACAAAGGCGUUACUUCUACUAUCUCACCGGUGCCGACGAGGCUGACUGCCAUGUCACCUACGAUAUCCAAAAUGACCUCCUUACCCUCUACGUGCCGGACUUCGACCUGCAUCGCGCUAUCUGGAUGGGUCCCACGCUGACCGUGGACGAGGCUUUGCGGCGCUACGACGUCGACCGCGUGCGCUACCAUGCGUCCCUGUCUGACGAUAUUCAGUCCUGGGCGCGGAAGUCCAGCCAUACCAACAACCCCAUCUAUAUCCUCCACGAGACGCAGAAACCCGCGCUUCCAAAUACCAGCAGCGGCAUCCGGUAUAGCCAUGACCGUCUUCUCCCGGCCAUGAACGUAGCGCGUAUGGUCAAAGACGAAUACGAGAUUCGGAUGAUCCGACAUGCGAAUAAGAUCUCGGGGCUGGCGCAUCGCAAGAUCCUAGAGAACAUUUACAAGAUGAAGAACGAGACGGAGAUCGAGGGCCUGUUUCUAGAUACGUGCGUGUCGCACGGCGCGAAGAACCAAUCCUACGAGAUCAUCGCCGGGUCAGGAGAGAAUGCCGCCGUGCUGCACUACGUCAAGAACGACGAGCCCCUGCACGGAAGACAGCUGGUCUGUCUAGACGCGGGGGCCGAAUGGAACUGCUACGCCAGCGACGUCACGCGGACCAUUCCCCUGCCAGGGUCAGGGUCAGGGUCGUCGUCGUCAUCAGACUGGCCCAGCGAACGCGCCAAAGCCAUCUACGAGAUCGUCGAAGACAUCCAAGAACGCUGCAUCAAGCUCUCAAAGGAAGGCUCCAGCUUUGCACUCUUACAGAAAGUCGCCCGAUUCUACACCGUCAAGGGACUCCGUCGUCUCGGGGUCCUCCGCGGCGACGACAUCAACGAGAUCCUCGCAUCGGGGGCAUCCAAUAUCUUCUUCCCGCACGGGCUCGGCCACCACGUCGGUCUCGAAGUCCACGACGUCACGCAAACCUCGAACACCGCGCAAGACCGCUCCAGUAUCAAGCAAUGGGGUGGGCGCUCGUUCGUGCCGCCCAUCCCCUGCAGCAACGAACAUAGUAGUACAUUGACCUCUUCUUCACAACCCGACGCCUUCGAAGAAGGCAUGAUCAUCACCGUCGAACCUGGUAUCUACUUCUCUCGUCUGGCUCUGCGGAAUGCCCGUACCUUGCCUUUGGCCAAGUAUAUCAACUUCGAGGAGGCGGAGAAGUAUAUUCCCGUGGGGGGCGUCCGGAUCGAAGACGACCUGUUGAUCACCAAGGGCGGGCCGGCGAAUCUGACGACGGCGCCCAAGGGGCAGGAGAUGUUAGAUAUUCUCCGUCGCGGGAUUCGAAAUUGA